GGAGCUACUGAAAUAAGUUUGUUGUGGCUGCAGUCAGAGAAGUAGCAUAGACAGAAUUCAACAUGCUUCCUUUUGAGACUCCUAGCAUAUACGAUCAGCUUCAUCGGUUUGUUUUUAAAAUGCCGCGAGUAGUGGCAGACCAGAAGGCGAAAUUUGAAUCAGAUGACCUGUUCCGAAGACUGAGCCGCGAAAGUGAGGUGAGGUACACAAGUUACAGAGACAGACCUCAAGAAGACAGACAGGUGCGGUUUCAGAAUGGGUGUAGGGAAGGUCACGUGGAAGUGGCCUUCACGACAACAGGAACAAACCUUCAGCUUGUUUUUAGCCCCUGUAACAACGGGUACAGCGAAGGUUGCAAUUUUGAAAAAGAACAAGGAAAGGUGCAUAUAAAGUCAAGUUUCAUCAUGAAUGGAGUCUGUGUGAGGUGGAGAGGAUGGAUUGAUGUGAAGAGACUGGACGGUGUAGGUUGUCUGGAAUAUGACGAGGAGAGAGCUAAGGUGGAAGACGCUAUACUCAGAGAGCAGAUUGAAAGUUACAACCAGCGAGUGCGGGACUUUGAGGAGAAACAGAGAGUUCAUCGUGCUCAGCAGGAGCGUCACGCGGAGGCAGAGGUCGAGGCAAGAAAAAAAGCAUUGGACUUUAGUCCAGAACAUGCUAGUUCAGCAAGGAACUGAAGAUGCUAGUUUCGUCUUCUAGGCUCCCCGGUGAUCCUUCAGUUGUCCAUGAGUGAUUACAGAACGUAAAAAUAUUCAGAUAUUUUAUUACUUUUCAUUAACAAGAAGAAUCGCCCAACGUUCUAAGAUUAUUUUGCAUUCAUCAGCCGACGCUUUUCGGAGAGA